AUGACAUUAUCAUUAACUGACGUAGGAAAGUGCAAAUUCACUGAUAGCCCACCGCAGACAGAAAGGGUUAAUAUCUAUCUUUUGCAACCAGCUGAGGUUUCUCAUUUACACGAUAUUGAAUGCAAAAUUUUUAUUAAUCGUCAUAUUCAGCACUGUGGAAUGCACUCUCAUACGUCAGCUGUCCUCUAUGGAAGGAGGGAAUAUUAUUUAAGCAUGGAUUAUGAAAAAUGUAAAAAAAUGCACGAAACUAACUCGGUCUGGCUAUUCGAUCGCAUUCCGUUUAAUGAAUUACAAAUGAACACUACGAACCAUCGCCAAGCUGUGUUAGCGGGAAGUCAAAGCAUGAGUGGCGAGUGUCAACCCGGGACAUACAGUGACGUGUAUGGUACAUGGUCUGGUGUUGUCGUAGACGCGUUGUUUAAAAUAACGAUAAGUGAAUACGAAGCCGCGUUGAACAAGAAAACGAACCAGGUAGUGUUAUCUUCUGGUACACGAUGCGACUCGGAAAAACGUUCGUGUGUGACUAGUGAAGGUGCAACCGCAUAUUGGAGUGAAAUUCCGAAAAACUCUUAUCUAAUGAAUCAAUGCUACAAAAUAUCGGCUCCACCCGAAGAUUCAUCGUAUGCGGGAGUGUCCCAGCAAGUGAAAGAACAAAUUUGUGGAAACUCUCUAGUGAAUGAACAUGUGUGUGCUCGUCAAGCAAUUGUGGCGCGAAAUCGGGAUCCGGAAGGUGUGAAACCGGGUAGCCAGAUCGACCUGUUAUAUAGUGAACAGUCUAAGGUUUAA